GAAAUGCGAGAAUAAUAAAAAUUGGCGAAGUUUGUUCGUAAAUCGCAAUUCGCAAAUCACUUGAAUCGAAAAACGUGAUGGUUUUGUGUUUUUAUUGAAACAUUCGUUACAGAACUCAGUGUUUCGCUAUAAAACACAUUUGAUUUACGAAAGUGUAAUAAUUUAGUUACGAUUGUGUGUAUAAUGUUGAAGCUAAGAUGACGUUUCAUUGUUAAAAUUAAUUCGAUUAAUAAAAAUUGCAAGAAGGAUCUUGAAAUAAUUUCGUAACACCAAUGGCCAAGUGAUAUAAAAGUGAAAAUGCACAGUAUGAAUGGAUCCGAUUUUCCGCCUGUUACCGAGGAGACUUUUUGUAAAUACGUUCUUUACUACGAGAUAAACAAUUCAAGGGUGCGAAUAUGGGAUUUGAUAAUAUUGAUACCGAACGCGUUGUUUGUACUAUUCCUAGUCGUAAGGUUUAACAAAGCCCAGUUGAAGUUGCGAGCUACCAGUAGCCCUAUAUUCCUCACAUUUUACUCGCUGGUAUGGUGGAAUGUGAUAGUGAGUUUGGUGAGAUGUGCUGUGUCCAUGACAGUGAAUGCGGCAACAACGGAGGGCAGUCUCGUAGACAAGAUCCUCUGGGUGACAGUCAAUUUCUUUUUACUAGCUACCGAAAUGAGUGUGGUUAUAUUUGGUUUGGCCUUUGGUCAUAUGGAUAGUCGGAGUAGUAUAAAAUAUGUGUUACUGGCUACCUCCCUCAUAUCCUUUGCAUUCUCUGUGACACAAGGCACGUUAGAAGUGUGGACACCAAACGAAAUGUUUCACAUUGACACAAGAGAUUACGAUUUGUUUGGACAUGGAGGAUUGAUGUUCUGGUUUGUGUCAUCACUCGUAUUUGCGAUAAUAUAUUUCAUAAUAUUACUUCUGCCGUGGGUGCCAUUGAGGGAAUAUUUAGCCUUACCAUCGAAAAUAUCCUUUUACCUAUACAUUCUGCUGCUCGCGCUGUUGGACAGCACGCAGGCGGUGGGCGCGGGCCUCGUCGCGUGGGGCCCAGCUGACCCGGGCCUCUGUGUGCUCGAUGUGACCACGUGGAUAUAUUUCUCACUGUACACACCGCUGGUAUACCAUACGUUUUUGAGCGAGUUUUUCAGUGUGUCCCAGCCCAGUAUAAUGUUCUCAUACAAGGCUCAGAUGGAUGAGCCCAUCGAUGACGACCAGGUCUCUCUCCCGCAUCAGCAGAGUUUCAGCUCAUUGAAGACGGACUCCGAUUAUAUCUAUCAACAGAGCAACAGCGUAUACGAUAGUACGUUGUUCGAAGCCGGGGGCACGACACCCAUGAACCCAGUGUAUAGCGCCUCGCUCCAAAGCCCAGACUCCAUAGCUUCAGGCAAUUCCAUAGACAUGGGACACACCUUCACCCAGAACAUGAUGUCGACAUAACAUAAACGAUCCAAAGAGUCAUACUUAAGUUAGGUACGUAGUUAUAAAGCUUUUUACUCGGGUAGCGAUAACUUGAAUCUCCUUAUUCCAUUUCAAAUUGUGAUAGUGCAGUGAUAAUGAAACUAUAAUUCGCAUCAUUAAGACUUUGAAGUGUAGAGUUUUUAUAAAAUAUAAGUGCUAAUUUUGUGGGAAGAAAGAUUUGUAUAUGGCAACACUGAAUUACCUGUCAAGUGUCAAAAACAUUAUGUUCAUUUUUGCCUUAUACUAUUCUUUACAUUGAUUGAAUUCAAAUAUUAAAUGAAAUAUGUACUUUAUUAGAAACAUGAAUCGAUUUGCAAUAUGCAAAGGAAUUAAAAAUCCACCAUGAAGUCUCUACACUUCUAAUUUAAGACUAUUUUAGUAUGAAUGAGGGUUGCUAGACCUGGUAAGUUUGUGAGUGUUUUAUAUUUUUUUAAAUCACUCUCGAGGUAGGUCCACAUUAAAAAAGUUUAAGUUUUUUAUGCAUGAAAGUAGCUUUGCAUACAUCGUAGACAGAAAUAGAAGAUAACAUUCCCAACAUUUACAAAGAUCUGGCAGCCCAAACGUGAUACACCCAUGAUCCAUCCACAAUUUAGAAUUAUCUCAGUAAUGCGCUCACAUAGGGGUAGGUCACAUCUGGCUCGUAGGAAAAGAUGUACUGUAUAAAAUUAAACCUUAGGGUUCGUAGGGGUAGAUUUGACAGUUUUGUGUAGGCUUAUUAUGGUCCAUCAGAGUUAUUUUAUAGCGAAGUUUGUAAAGCACAUAUUAUAAUGUGUAUAUUGUAUUUAAAACACUAUACACCUUAUAAAUAGAGGUAAAAUAACUUUGAAUGGGCUCCAGUUGGCAAAAGGUCCUGGCAAACUAUACAUGACUUCUUUUUGGUGGGUAAACCUUCUUAAUGCUACAAUGAAGUUUUAAAAAAUAUUGCCAACUGCUGGUACAGUAGGCCUUUGGACGGAUUUUUUAUAAGGGCUGUGUUAUAUUUUUUUUUGUAAAUAAAAUAUCUUACCUAUUGAUUACUUGUUGAAGAACUAUUUGCUUUUAUUGAAAAGCUGUGUAUUACUUUUUUUCAUAUAUAUAGUUUUGUUUACAUGCAAUAAAAACACACAAAAAGCAUAGCUCUUGCCCAUACUUGGUAAGAAUACUGCAAACUAUUGAAGUAGGUACUUUGUUUUUAAACAUCCUGUGUAUUUCCUUAGAUAUUGUUUACACACCUUUAUUUCGAUUUUGAUAGUGAACAGUAUUGUCAUGUUUAGUUUUAAGUUAUUGUACUAAAUGCUACAUUGAUAAUAAUAUUGUGCUUUUGUAUGCACCACUACAUAAAAAGUGAAUUUUUUAUGUGAAGUAAUUUGGUACGGGUUGUAAUGAAACAUAUUUUUACCUUCAGAUCAUUUCAAAAUUUAGAUUUAGACGUAAUCUAAAUUUGAAAUUAAUCUUUAGGAGAAAUAAUUUAAUUAUAAGGUUUGGUCACGGGAAUAGAGAAGUUUGAAAAAGACCUAACGCUACUUAUUACAUUCACUCACACACUAAAUUUACGCUUCCUUGUUUCUACAGGUAGGCGUAAAGAUAAGUUUAAAUGGGACAAAUAGUGUUAGGACUUGUUCAAAAUUUCUCUUUAUUUUGCUGGUUUACACUAACCAACUAAUAUACUGACUGUAAGAUAAUUGGUAAGGAAAGCGCUGUAGCAUUUAGUAUAAAAUAGAUGUUAUAUUUUAUGUGUAAAGAGUAAAGUGCUAUUAUAACGAUUGACUUAUACUGUGUUGCACUGUGAUGAUAAACCUACCUAUUUUACUUUGUUGUUAUAUUAAUUUUUAGGUUUUAUUUUGUAUAGAAUUUAUUAGUUAAAACCAUUUGUUUUUAAAACAAAAGAGAAUUGGCGUACAAUAUUUUUAAGUGACAUACGAAAGCUGGAUGUGUGUAUGUACUGUAAAACUGUUUACCUGUUACUUUGAGUGGUCAAACACAAUUUAAAAUACGGAAAUAUCAAAAUAACCUGAAAUAUUGCUAAAAAAAUUUCAUGUGGCAACA